AUGUCGUCACGUAUACAGGAACUUAAGGAGUUGGCUGCUUCCUUAGGCUUAGAGGGUAAGGAGAUCAUGCAGUACAUUGUUUCUGAACAGGCUGCUGAGAGAGACGAGCGUGCUAGAGAGAGAGAACGACAGCAUGAUUUAGAGAUGGCUAGAGAGAGGUUGAAAGUGGCAGAGGCAGAAGCGUCUCUUCAAGAGCAAAGGGCGGUGCAGGAGCAUAAGCGACAGAUGGAACUAUUGGCGAAGCAGAGUGAGCUGGGUCCAAUACAGAUCGGUGCUGAGGCAAAACCUGCAAGUUUUGUGAAGGCUCCAAAACUACCUUAUUUUGACGACGGGAAAGAUAACAUCGACUCAUACUUGCAAAGGUUUGAUAGAUAUGCAACGACGCAGAAGUGGAACAAGGAGACUCAAUGGGCAACUCAUCUAAGUGUAUUAUUGAAGGGUCGUGCGCUCGAUGUAUUUUCGCGGAUGCCACUUGCCGAGAGUAUGGAUUAUGACCAGUUGAAGCGAGCGCUCUUGAAACGUUUCGAGAUGACGGAACAAGGAUUUCGGAAGAGAUUCAGAGGGGGACGACCGGAAUCGGGAGAGACAUUUGCGCAAUUUGCGGUAAGGUUAGAAAGCUACUUUAUGCGAUGGAUUGAGUUAGCUGGCGUUAAGGAAACAUUUGCAGACUUGCGUGACCUGAUGCUUCGAGACCAAUUCAUCCAGACGUGCGGAAAUGAACUGAUGCUAUUCCUAAAGGAACGUACACCGUCGAGUAUUGCAGAGAUGUCCAAGUUAGCGGAUCAGUACGCUGACGCAAGAGGGAAUCCAUCAAGUUUAGCGAAGCCUCGUCCAGAUCGUCAGAAAAGGACUAGUGAUGGGAAUGGCCCUAAAGCGAACCAGCAAGGCAGCGUUGUGAACAGCGACAAAGUGCCAAUUGACAAAGAUGGCCAGAGUAAGAGAAGGACAUGUUUCAUUUGUAAUUCACCUGAUCAUUUGGCGUUCAAGUGUCCACAGAAGAAAAAGAACCAGGUUAAAAGUGUUUCUCGAGACAUGAGUACGACGGAAGAUGGACCAACGGUAGCGAUGCGCUUAACUCAAAUGUUUUGA